AGAAAUUUCGUAAGUGACGUUGCUGUCGGACCGGCUUAUUAUGUAGCAUACCAAUGCUAGGCUAAGGCGGCGACUUUAAAUUCCACUUCACAAACUUUGUCUCCUCCCACCCUCCGUCUCCCACUAUGUCCUUCAUCUUUUUUGCUCGUGCUGCUCCCGCCGUCCGGCGGUCAACAAUCCUCACUCGCACUGCUCAGUCUUGUAUGAGAUUCCAGAGUACUGCGCCAACAAAACUGAAACACGUUCCUCGCGUUCUUCCUUCGUUCUCUCUUGAGGGAAAGGUCUGUCUAGUCACUGGUGCUGCCAGAGGUCUAGGUAAUGAAUUCUGUCGUGCAUUCAUACAAUCUGGAUGCACGGAACUAGCUAUUGUGGAUCUGAAGGAGAGUGAGGCGCAAGCUGCGGCUGCUGAACUAGUCUCAAACGCAUGCCUUAACAGCGACAUGACCCCGGAAGACUUUAACGUGAUUGGCGUAGGAUGCGACGUGUCAUCAGAGCUAUCAGUGCAGCGCGCAUUUGAGCAAGUCAUGGAUACGUACGGACGAUUGGAUUCGGUGGUUGCAUCUGCAGGAAUUGUGGAGAACUAUUCUGCAUUUGAUUACCCAUUCGAUCGAAUAAAGCGCUUGUAUGACAUCAACGUUCACGGAGCUUUCUUUACUGCGCGAGAAGCUGCUCGGAACAUGAUUCCUCAAGGAGGAGGCUCCAUCGUCCUUGUUGCUAGUAUGAGUGCAUCGAUUAUCAACAUCCCGCAGCCGCAAACACCUUACAAUGCUUCAAAAGCGGCGGUCCGUCACAUGGCGUCAAGUUUGGGAGUGGAGUGGGCAAAGAAGGGUGUACGAGUUAAUACGCUGAGUCCUGGAUACAUGUUGACAAAGCUUACCAAAACGAUCCUCGCUCAUGACCAAGAUCUGAAGAAAACCUGGGAGAGUCUGACGCCUAUGGGCAAGAUGGGUGAACCAGAGGACCUGGCUGGUGCCAUUGUCUUCCUGGCAAGUGACGCAUCUAAAUUUAUGACCGGUGCCGAAGUCCGCGUGGAUGGAGGCUAUUGCGUUAUCUGAGCCAGUCAUUCUUGUUCUUGGAUCGUAUCAAAUGUUGGGAGUAUAUCACAUAGAGUUUUUUCACUAGAGUAAUUUCAGCUGUUUAUAAUACAUGGUUUUAGUGUGUCCCGCUU